AUGACGAAAGACUGGGAGUUGGUGCAGGAUGAGAUCAAGGAGCUUUCUUUCGUCCAAAAGAAGCCUCUAGAAGAGGUCAAGGAGCUAAUGGAACGCAAACACAGAUUUCGGGCUUCGACACGAGCAUAUCGAAUGAGGUUGAAAGAGUGGGGUAUCAUGAGGCACAAACCGCGAAGAGCCACGAAGUCGCGUCACAAAGCUAGGCUACCCAGUGAGCAGAGUUCCGAUGGCAAUGCUGGGAACGACAACGAGUCAAGCGAGUUCGCAGAACCCAUUUCGAUCAAUUCGACUUCCAGAGAGCAUUGUACAAAGACUGGUGGUUGGCAGGUUGUAGCUAGUCUACCCACUCUUAUCGCCGAUGAAGCCGGGACGGUCGCAGAGCCAACCUUUCUGGGUCUAUUGAAUCAGCCACAAGAUCUCCGGCCAUCCUUCGAAGAGACAUCGUCGCAAGAUUCUAGGCAAGCCUCCGACAUAGUACUAGACAUGGUCGGUGCAGUCCUAGACGGCGAUUUGGAAAAGUUGGAGAAGCUUAUUGUCGAUAAUGUCGAUCGCAUCAACCAUCCAAUUGGUCUGCCUUUCGAUGAAGCAGACGCACGAUUCGUUGGCCACCCUGCUCUGAGCGAGAUGGUGAUCUUGCAGCAUCCAAAUCAGACCGUAUUUGAUAUUGCGUGCGGUAUGCCUUGCGGACCAAUCAUCUGGGUCCUACUUGCCUACGGCGCAAAAGGUUCCAAACACCCACUUGGAACAGACUUGGCAUUGCAUAAUGCCAUCAAAAACGGGCGCACUUACACUGUUCAAGCACUGCUCCAACCUGGUCGUUCAGAGGUCAAUGGACUUCCAGGUUCAAGCUGGACUCCUCUACGUCAAGCAGUCUUCUGGAAUGUCCCUGACAUCGUGCGCAUCCUUCUCAACCGAGGUGCCAGCGUCGAAGAUGCUGGUCCAUCGCCUGAGAAGCCUGGCGUUCACACAGCAUUGCAACUAUGCCUAUUACAUCGAAUGAAGAUCUACACAGACCCUGCGGCACGCAAGAACUGCCACACGAUUUUGGAAAUGCUUCUUAGUGCUGGGGCAAAUGUUCACCGCAAGCCUCCAGAACUUGUUGCCCAGUCAAACCUCAGCAUGUUCAUCAUGGCAUUGCAGAAUCGCCCUUAUUGGGCGGCCGAACUUUCUUCAGACGAGCUUGAAUGCCUCCGGCUGUUUGUUUGCAAGGGUGCUAGCUUCCCUCCGUUCUUUGGAGGUUAUCCUUGCAAGUCUCUGUGUCGGGACAAGUUUGAGCACCAAGCGCUGUGGCAUUCGACUCCAACUUUUGCGCGGUGGCUCAUUGACACCUUUGUACCUACGCCGACGAACGACGGUACCUCGCUCCUAUCUGAGGUUCUCGGCUGCUGUCCGGACGCAAAACGACAUCCCACCGACACGCUACGCGAUGUUGAAGUGCUUCUUGGGAAGGGCGUCGAUCCGAACAGCACAGCUCAUGACGCCCUCAGUCCUUUGGGGAAGUGCAUUGCGGAUUGCCCAGCUGUUGAUAUCGUUCCGCGUCUCCGAAUGCUUCUCGAUGGCGGCGCCGACCCAGAAUGCGAAGACGCGGACGGUGUUCAGCCAUACGUCCGCGCGGCGGAAUCUUUCGAAGAGCCGCUUCGUACCGAGGUCAUGUCAGUGUUGGUCGCUAAGAUCUCAGGCCUUUUCCCCAUCUCAGAGACGCAGACUUAUGACCAAGUCAUGGCGUGCACGCGUCAAACGGGCGACUUCAUGCUCAAUAUGCGUAACAUGGUACCAGGACACGUUCAGAGCAUCUUUCAAAGAGCCUAUUUCACUGUUAUCAGCGAGUACUUCUUGAAUACGAUGACCAGAGUUGCAAAGACGAAGAUGCUAAGCUCGAAAGAGAAGGAUGAAAUCGUCUGGAUUGUUUCUAUGCGAGAUGGCGUCGAUCUACCCAGGUACAGCUUCGACCAGAAACUCGUCAUUGCGCUGCUGGACCCACAACCACUACCAAGUCUCCACAAUGGCUCGAUGACUUCUUCGUAG